CCUAUAAAAGAGAAGGGGACAGCUCAGAUCCUGGAGAGCAGUCCCAGUAGAGAGUCCCCAUCCCAGCUCUGGGAGCCUCCUCUGCAAGUCUAGCGUCAUGAAGGUCCUUGUGGUUGCCCUGUUUGUCCUCCUCUGCACCUCGACCCUCUGUGCAGAAGAUAGGAGCCAGGAACCGUCCUCCUGCUGCUUUGCCUACAUCUCCCGAAAGAUCCCCCGCAAACUCGUGGUUUUCUAUUAUGAGACCAGCAGCGCAUGCUCCUCGCCGAGUAUCGUCUUUGUCACCAAAAAAGGCCAUCACGUCUGUGCCCAUCCCAAUGAAGCCUGGGUCCAGGAAUACAUCAGGGACUUGGAGUGAUCCAGCAAGAAACAUUGAGAGGUGUGGGGAGAUGGGGAUCCAGGGGACUGUCCCUGCAACCCCCCAAAGUCUUCUCUCCUAUGGGUCCCUUCACCCUCCACUAACCAUACUCGGAAACCUUUCUUAAUUUUACUUGAGUUAAUUAAAUUAGAUACUGUAAAUCAUUUGACCUUCUGGAUGUUUCCUCUGAGAAAUCAUAUGGCACCCUCUUUUCCUAGCCCUCUUCCCUGUCACUCAUAUAGUGGUUGAUUUGUACUUAGGGGGAUUGUGAAAGAUUGUGUCCUUCUCUAAGGCCUUACUGGACCAAAUCCAUCCAUAGAUACUUACUGAGUUUUUGUGAAACCUUUAUUGUUAAAAAAAAAAAAAGUCAGAAUAA